GGUCAAGCGCAAACGUCCUCCAAUCACCGGACGCUUGGCGGGGCGUUCAGGUGCACGCGCUGCACUGUACACCGCGCCUGCGGGUUUCUUCGCACGCACUCGUUCUACAAGCGGGUGCGCGGCGCGGACGCUGUACAGGAGGACCACCGCCUUUGCGCCAUCACUGCACAACACAACACAACACCGCACGAUACACACCACACGACGAAACGCGGCACUACGCAUCAGGCGGCUCGCAGCAUCACGGCCGCGGGAGCAGCAGAAGGAGCGCAUCCGCAUCCCCAGCAUCCUCGCUGCGCAUCCGUUGCGUGUUUUCCCGUAUUGUUAGAUUUGUGAUAUUUUACCGUCGGAGAUUAUUGCUUCUCACGGCGGCUUUGAAACGGACCGAGAUGCUCGUCAGUCGCCGUUCAUGAGGGGCAAGAAGCUCGUCCUCAUCGUCGUCGUCGCUGCACAGUCAUUCCAAGACCUGUAGAGGGAAAGCUGAGCGACGUAGACGAGGCCUUGGCCGUCUCCUCCGCCCGAGAUCUUCCGUCGUCCCCUUGCCGCCGUCGCCAUGGGAACCGUGCUCUCCCUGUCGCCCAGCUACCGCAAGGCGGCCCUGUUUGAGGACGGGCCGGCCACGGUGGGCCACUACACGGCGGUGCAAAACAGCAAGAACGCCAAAGACAAGGGCCUGAAGCGCCACUCGCUCAUCAACGUGCUGCCGUGGAAGCGCAUCGUGGCCGUGUCGGCCAAGAAGAAGGGCUCCAAGAAGGUGCAGCCCAACGGCACCUACCAGAGCAACGUCAGCCACCUGAACAACGAGAACCUGAAGAAGUCGCAGUCGUGCGCCAACCUAUCGUCCUUCGCGCAGGACCAGAGCACGCCGGGGGGCAACAAGGCCUCCGACGACAGCCCCUCGGUCAAGAAGGCCCCGGCGGCGGCCGCCGUGCCCGGGACCCCCAAGCGGGUGAUCGUGCAGGCGUCCACCAGCGAGCUGCUGCGCUGCCUGGGCGACUUCCUGUGCCGGCGCUGCUACCGCCUCAAGCACCUGUCGCCCACCGAGCCGGUGCUGUGGCUGCGCAGCGUGGACCGCUCGCUCCUGCUCCAGGGCUGGCAGGACCAGGGCUUCAUCACGCCGGCCAACGUGGUCUUCGUCUACAUGCUUUGCCGCGACGUGGUCUCCUCGGAGGUGGGCGGCGAGCACGAGCUGCAGGCCGUGCUGCUCACCUGCCUCUACCUGUCCUACUCCUACAUGGGCAACGAGAUCUCCUACCCGCUCAAGCCCUUCCUGGUGGAGAGCUCCAAGGAGGCCUUCUGGGACCGCUGCCUGUCCAUCAUCGACCUGAUGAGCGCCAAGAUGCUGCAGAUCAACUCGGACCCGCACUACUUCACGCAGGUCUUUGCCGACCUCAAGAACGAGAGCCAGAAAGAGGAGGAGCGCAGCCGCCUGCUCAUCGGCCUGGACCGGAGGGCCAUCGCCUGACUGGCGUUCGUCGUCACGCCACAACAAUGAAAUUCCUCCACCCCCCUCUUGGCAUCCUCUCCCCGACGACAAAUGCGGACUCACGUGGACUUUUGAUGAGUCUGGGACGGAACGUCAGCUACGCCGUUGAGGUUUGGGACUGUUUUUGCAGGGUGGGGAGUGGUGGGGGGCGUUCUCUCGGACUAGACAAAGCGGGGAAACGCUGGGACGCAACAUUGCAUUGUCGAGGCUUUUUGUCAGCCAGACGACGGUGACUUUUUCUUUUUUUUUCUCCUCCAUCUAAUACGACAAGUUAGUGGAUGUUUUCACAGCUUAUUUAUUGCUUUUUAUUUAUGGCACUUCUGGAACAAGCUCAUUUUCUUUUGUAAUAAUUCAUGAUGAUGAUGAUGAUGAUUAGAAUUUCAUGGUUUUGCACGCGUGCCAGCGACUUGAGCGCGACGAACCUUUCUCCUCUUCUUUUUUGGGGACUUAAUGCUCUGCAUUCGUGUUGAUUUGAUCUCUGCCUGCUCACAUUUUUGCGACUUUAGCGUGCUCAUCGUCUAGCGUGAACAGUGCCAUAUCCUCACUCCUGCUCUCCCUCCCCACUGAUCUCGAUUCACUCGAAUGACUUUUAGGAGCUCCGUGAACAUUCUCGAGCUUCUGCGUUUUGUCUCAUCUUUGGCGGGAAUGAAGACUGCUUCUGGUUGAGCGUCAGGGAUUUAUCGCGGAUGACUCGCGGGAAUAAUCUGACCAGCGCCACCACAACAAUGCUGAUGAAACAAGUGGUGACAGGAAUAAGUCAGAUGU